AUGGCCUCUCAAGUCAAGCAGAAUGUGUGCUUAAUUGUGAUCGAUGGAUGGGGCAUUACCGAUACAAUGCAAGGAAAUGCUAUUGCUAAUGCUCAGACGCCCGUUAUGGAUAAACUGCAAAAAGAAUAUGCAUUUCAUACGCUGGAAGCAUCAGGAUUAGCGGUCGGACUGCCUGCUGGUGUAAUGGGAAAUUCUGAAGUUGGUCACACCACAAUUGGAUCCGGUCGUGCAAUGUUUCAGGAUUUAGUGAAGAUAAAUUUAUCCAUUCAAGAGGAUACUUUAAAAUCCAAUAAAUCUCUUACUGACGCUAUGGCCAGAGCUAAGAACGGGAACGGUCGGCUUCAUUUCUUAGGAUUGGUCAGCGACGGAGGAGUCCAUAGCCAUAUUGAUCAUCUGCUACAAUUUUUGAGAAUUGCAAAGGAUUAUGGAGUUCCAAAGUCGUUUAUUCAAUUUUUUUCCGAUGGACGUGAUACGUCACCUACAAGUGGAGUAACGUUCGUUCAGAAAGUUUUGAAUUACAUCAGUGAAAUGAAUUAUGGCUCCUUGGCCACCGUUGUUGGACGCUACUAUGCAAUGGAUCGUGACAAGAGAUAUGAUAGGAUUCAAAUCGCUUAUGAAGGAUUAGUAAAAGUGGUUGGUGAACUGACUUCACCGGGAUCUAUAACAGAGGUUAUGACAAAUCGCUACAAUGCGGAAGGAAGCCAGCGUCAGACAGAUGAAUUUAUGACUCCGAUUAUAAGUGAUCCGGAAGGACGCAUUAGCAAUGGUGACACUCUAGUCUUCAUUGACUUUCGUGCUGAUAGAAUGCGACAAAUUUCCGAAGCUUUUGGUAUGCAGCCUCAAUUUUCCACUGAUGUUGUACCUACGGAUUUACAUGUUGCGACUAUGACUCAGUAUAAAAAGCAAUUCCCCUUUCCGGUUCUCUUCCCUCCUACACCGCCGGAUAAUGUUAUUGCAGAGUGGCUUUCAAAGAAAGAAUUAUCUCAAAUGCAUGUUGCAGAGACUGAAAAAUACGCUCACGUAACGUUCUUCUUUAACGGUGGACGAGAAAUGCAAUUCAGCAUGGAAGAUAGAAUUAUGGUGCCCUCUCCUAAAGUAGCUACCUACGAUUUAAAGCCGGAGAUGAAUGCCGAAGGCGUGGCUGAUGAGGUAAUUCGUGCCAUUGAAAGUGGAAAGUAUCCUUUCGUGAUGUGUAAUUUUGCUCCGCCAGACAUGGUUGGACACACUGGAGUUUACGAUGCUGCUGUUAUUGCAUGCACUGUUACAGAUUUUAAUAUCGGUAGAAUCUUUGAGGCCUGCGAAAAGCACGAUUAUGCCCUAAUGAUUACAGCAGAUCAUGGCAAUGCGGAGAAAAUGGUAACUGAAAAUGGUUCGCCCUUUACAGCUCAUACGCUUUAUAGAGUUCCUCUCAUAAUGACUCGUGGAAAGUAUAAAGAUAUCACACACGAUGCUAACCUAAGCGAUGUUGCUCCUACAGUUUUACGAAUUAUGGGUUUGGACGUACCCCCUGAGAUGAGUGGUCAAUCGCUUCUGGCUGAAUAG